CGCGGGCGGAGGUGAGCGCAGCGCAGGGCCGGGGGGGACCUUGGGCCGCCUUCCCUUCGUCCCGGGGCUGCCGGCACACCGGGAUCGGCGCGGAGCCUCCCGGGCAGGGAGGCACCGGGAGGCGCCGGAGUUGGUUUCCUUAGACUCUGCUCACUGCUGAAAGAUGGGAGAGAUUGAGGGAACAUACAGAGUUCUACAGACCCCCGGCUCUCGUUUGGGUGUCCAGAAGAGCGCGGGAGUGAGUACCUUGGAGCCGGGGCAGAACCUCUCCACUGCCAUGGCCUCAUCGCCUGCCAAAGCGCACGAGCGGGACCUGCCCAUCAAAAUCAAGAUGUUGGACAACACGGUGGAAAUACUUGACAUUGAGUCAAAAUAUUACGGCCAGACGUUACUGACAGAAGUUUACAAGCAUCUGAACUUGAUUGAAUCGGACUACUUUGGGAUUGAGUUCCAGAACAUCCAGUCACACUGGAUUUGGCUGGAACCUAUGAAACCGGUUAUUAAACAAGUACGGAGACCAAAGACUACAACGCUGCGUCUGGCUGUGAAGUUCUUCCCUCCAGACCCGGGUCAGUUGCAAGAGGAAUACACCAGGUACCUGUUUGCGCUGCAGAUCAAGAGGGAUUUGGCAGAGGAGCGCCUGACCUGCAGCGACAACACGGCCGCGCUCCUGGUCUCCCACCUGCUGCAGUCUGAAAUAGGGGAUUUUGAUGAAUCGGAGGAUCGAGAACACCUUAAAACCAACCAGUAUUUGCCAAACCAGGAAAGGAUCGAAGGGAAGAUUCUGGAGUUCCACAGGAUGCACGUGGGUCAAACUCCUGCUGAGUCAGACUUCCAAGUGCUUGAAAUUGCUCGGAAACUGGAGAUGUACGGCAUCAGAUUUCACCUCGCAUCUGACCGGGAGGGCACCAAAAUUAACCUGGCCGUUUCCCACAUGGGCGUGCUGGUAUUCCAGGGUAACACGAAAAUCAAUACGUUCAACUGGUCAAAGGUCCGCAAACUAAGCUUCAAGAGGAAAAGAUUCCUUAUUAAACUCCACCCAGAGGUUUGUGGCCCGUAUCAAGAUACGCUGGAAUUUCUUUUGGGAAGUAGGGAUGAGUGUAAAAACUUCUGGAAGAUCUGUGUGGAAUAUCACACGUUCUUUAGGCUGUUUGAUCAGCCAAAGCCAAAGGCUAAAGCAGUGUUCUUCACCAGAGGGUCGUCCUUCCGAUACAGCGGACGGACGCAGAAGCAACUGGUGGACUAUAUUAAGGACAGUGGGAUGAAGAAAACCCCGUAUGAAAGGAGGCACAGCAAAGUCAGAGCGUCCACGCGUGCUUCCAACACCGACGUGCCAAAGCAGAGUGUCCUGCUCACUGAGGGCUCAAGAGCCCCAGGGUCUCCUGCCUCAGCAGCUGCCCCCUUCCACUUGGUUCACUCAUCAGCCUCUCCGACUCCUGUCCUGCCCAUCUUUGCAGAAACCAGCCCUCCCUCUUUGGACCCCCGAGCACCAUACACAAGGAUUCCAGAAAAAUCCACUGCGGCGCCUGCAGAAGAAGCGGGGAGGAAACUGAUGCAGCAGCCCGGAUCUCCCGUGCUCCAAGGCCUCCGCGUGGACCCUUCUCCUCUCUCUUCCCUCGUGCUGAAGAGUCCCUUGGGCUUGAACCCGGCCUUCCAGGUGAACUCGACCGUGACCGGCCAAGGUUCUUCUCCUCUCCUCAGUCCUGUCCUCAGCGAUGCCGGUGGUGCCAGGAUAGAAGAGGACGAUGAAAUGAAGCGUAAGCGGUAUCCCACUGACAAGGCAUACUUCAUAGCAAAGGAGAUUCUUGCUACAGAGCGGACGUAUCUGAAGGACCUGGAGGUCAUUACAGUGUGGUUUCGCAGCGCAGUCAUCAAGGAGAACGCGAUGCCAGAGGGCCUGAUGACAUUGCUCUUCUCUAACAUAGACCCCAUUUAUGAGUUCCAUCGAGGCUUUCUGAAGGAGAUUGAGCAGCGGCUGUCUCUCUGGGAAGGGAGAACCAACGCUCAUGUGAAAGGAGAUUAUCAGCGCAUCGGGGAUGUCAUGCUCAGGAACAUGCGCACACUGAAGGAGUUUACCAGUUACCUGCAGAAACACGAUGAGGUCCUGACGGAGCUGGAGAAAGCAACCAAACGCCUAAAGAAGCUGGAGACGGUUUAUAAGGAGUUUGAGCUGCAGAAGGUUUGCUACCUGCCCCUCAACACCUUCCUGCUCAAGCCCAUCCAGCGGCUGAUGCACUACAAGCUGAUCCUGGGGAGGCUCUGCAAGCACUACACAGCGGAGCACCGCGACUUCCCCGACUGCCGGAAUGCGCUGAAGGAAGUCACAGAAAUGACAUCUCAGCUGCAGCACAGUCUCAUCCGCCUGGAGAAUUUCCAGAAGCUGACCGAGCUGCAGCAUGACUUGAUCGGAAUAGACAACCUCUCGGCGCCCGGCAGGGAGUUUAUCCGGGAAGGCUGCUUGUACAAGCUCACUAAGAAGGGUUUACAGCAGCGGAUGUUCUUUCUGUUCUCGGAUAUGUUACUGUACACAAGCAAAGGUGUUACGGGGACAAACCAGUUCAAAAUUCACGGACACCUUCCUCUGCAUGGCAUGUUGCUGAUAGUGCUCGACCCGCCGGUGGAAGAGAGCGAGAACGAAUGGGCCGUCCCACACUGCUUCACCAUUUAUUCAGCACAGAAGACCAUCGUGGUGGCAGCAAGCACCCGCUUGGAGAUGGGGAAGUGGAUGGAAGACCUGAACAUGGCAAUUGAAAUGGCCAAGAAAUCCACUGAAAAAUCUGACAUGCUGCUGGAAAACUCAGUGUGCAGCCGCUCCAACAGAUCCUCUGAUGAGGUCUCUCUAGAACAGGAGUCCGAAGAUGACAUACACUCCUCUCGUAGCUCCCUGGACAGGCAGAGCCACCACCGUGCCAACACCACCAUGCACGUGUGCUGGUACCGCAACACCAGCGUCUCCAUGACUGACCACAGUGUGGCUGUCGAGAACCAGCUCUCCGGGUACUUGCUGAGGAAGUUCAAGAACAGCAACGGUUGGCAGAAACUCUGGGUCGUCUUCACCAACUUCUGCUUGUUCUUCUACAAAACGCACCAGGACGAUUAUCCCUUGGCCAGUCUCCCGCUGCUGGGCUACGCGGUCAGCUCCCCGGUGGAGGCGGAUGGCAUCCAGAAGGAUUAUGUCUUCAAGCUGCAGUUCAAGUCCCACGUGUAUUUCUUCAGGGCUGAGAGCAAAUACACCUUUGAGAGGUGGAUGGAGGUGAUCAAGAGAGCCACCAGCUCUCCUGCCAGGUCGAGCCUGCUGCUUCCCAAAGAGGAGAAGAACAGUCACACCGACUGAGGCGAGGCAGAGCUGGGUCUCUGCUGGGAACGUACCAACGGAGCCGGGGGGAAACAGGAGUCUCUGGAGGUGGUAAAGCGAAGAACCAGGAGGCUCGUUUCUACCUGAUAUGGAAAGUGGAAGCGAGGGAGGUGCAGAUGGGGAUCACACCCAUUCCCGAUGCUAUGGAAGAGGGUCAAGUCCAUUCCAGUUUGAACCUACUUAGAGAGAACCUAACAACUGCAGAGCUCCGGUGUGCAUCCUGGAAGGUUGAUUGUUCCGGUUGUAGCUGUACAGUAACGCCCUUGCCUGCCCCGAAGCCAAAUGCCACCCUGGUUGUACGUUGUGACUGGACAGUCAGCGUGCACAGGAGGGAUCCAGAAACCCGGCUCACAGUUCCGUUCCCCUGGCUUGGCGUGGCUCUACCACCGCUGUCCUGCUGCUCUCGGUGUCACCCUGCCGGCACCGCCGUCUUGGAGGACCAGGGGAGCUACAGCUGGAUUGGCUUCAACACCAUUUGUUUGGAACAGAGACUGCAGCGCUCUCAGAAUAGCUCCGCUCUUUGGAAACGGCUGUGGGAGCGUUUCUCCAUGGAAAGGGGGAGGAUGGAGCCUCUGCUAAGCUGUUGAGGUUUCGGUAUUUUAGGGGUUGGUGCAGGCAGGGUGCAUGGUUUUUCCUCUGAACUCAGCUGUAGCGCAUGCUGAGAGGGUCAAUGCUGUUCUCGUGUCACAGCUCUGGAGUUCCUUUAUCCCAUAGCAGGCGUUUCUUUAAGGCACAGGGUGGCAAACGCUCUCUGCCCUAUGUGGGUGAUGUUUUCAAGGCAUUUAAGCAAUAUAGGAGAACAAGCUGCUCUGAAAGUCACUGUUGCUUGUGAUUCUAUGUCAUGUAAAGACUUCUGAAAAUCCCUAUUCUUACCUUUAAAUUUGGGGUGGGAUCCAUCUUCCGUUUGUCCAUUUUUGGAGCAUUAGUGUCUCUGGACUCUUAUUAAAUCUCCGUAGUAAAUCCGAAAUGGUUGCAGUUUGUUCUGUUUUUGUGAUGCUGUCAUCUCUGGCUGCCUCCACAGAAGGACUGAAAUACGCCAAGUGCCACCGGGCGCUGCUGGACGUGGCUUUGAUGGGCUCCGGGGACUCUGCUUUUAUAUUAGAUAGACAAUCGUUUGUGUAGUAGAAGGAGCAAUGAAGUGGUGUAGUGAAAGCAAAAGGCAAGUGUUGCAUGUUCUGAGGAUGGAGGAAUGUGGAAGUUCACACAGGAAGUUCAGAAGCAGCGCGUACGUUCUCCAGGGCUGGGUCAGGUUCUGGUCUAAAACGUGAGAUGAGGAUUGCAGGGAGGGACUUCCAGAGGGAUUUUCCAGACUGCUCACAAACAUUUGCAUCCUAGAGAAGGCGAGCGGCUGCAGAUCCAGCCUUUGCUGUCACCAUCACAAUGGCCGUGUCCCAUGUAAGUUAAAUGUACUUAAUUUAUUAGUAUCUUCAUCUAUUUUUUUUAAUUACCUGUUGUAGGUGUGUACGUGUGGUUUGACCGGGUCUGGUCUAACGCAGCAGGAUGUGUCUGUUGAAAGUAAAUAGCGUCUUGGUAUAAAACUCUC